GAAUUAGUUGCUGGCCUGACUACAAUGCUUAACGAAAAUAACGUCUUGGUGAAAUCUUUUCGUCAGGCUAAAGAAAAAAUAGUUACAGAUAAUGCCCCAAAUGUGAGAUUGAAGCUUAUCGGAAAGCGUUACGGGGAUGCAAGAACUUAUAAUUUACCAUCUGUUUCUGAGGUUGCGGCAUUGGUUGUUGGAGAUUUUGACGAAUCACUGGGUGAGAGGGAUAUAUUGGUUGAAACACAGUCAGGUGCACUCCAAAGAAUUAAUGAAUUAAAUCCGGCCUAUUUCGGGCUUCAAUAUCCAUUGUUGUUUCCUUAUGGAGAGGAUGGUUAUCGCGAGGACACGUUGUUGUCCAAGGCUAAAAAUGUUGUCGCGGGUGGUAGAAAAAGGGUUAGUGUGAGGGAAUUUCUUGCAUUUCGAGUUCAAGAGCGUUGUGACAAUCAUUCAUCCAUGGUGAGGAUGAAAAGGCUUUUUCAACAGUUCAUUGUUGAUGGAUAUACCCUGGUCGAGGCUGCUAGGUUGAGAUUUGUUAGGAUGAAUCAAAAGAAGCUUCGGUGUGAUAUGUAUAAAGGUUUGAGUGAUGCAUUUUUGCGUGGAGAAAAUGAUUCACGCACACAAGGCAAGAGAAUUGUGUUGCCACCAACCUUUACUGGAGGAGCACGUUAUAUGAUACAAAAUUACCAGGAUGCAAUGGCCAUAUGCAGAUGGGCAGGUUAUCCAGAUUUAUUCAUAACCUUUACGUGCAAUCCGAGGUGGCCUGAGAUAGAUCGGUUUCUCCAUCCAAGGCAUUUGAAAGCGGAAGAUCGACCUGAUAUAGUUAGUCGCGUUUUCAAGGUCAAGCUUGAUGGUUUGAUCAAUGAUCUCAGAAAAAAUAAAGUAUUUGGCAACGUCAAAGGAGGUAUUUUUCGGUUUAUUAUUCAUCGCACCAGGUGCACGCCAAACCUAUUACUAAUGUUCAUUUUUUUGCAGUUGUUUAUACGAUAGAGUUUCAAAAGCGUGGCUUACCUCAUGCGCAUAUUUUGUUGUGGUUAGCGAACGAAGAUAAAUUGCCAUCACCUGUUGAUAUAGAUAGGGUAAUAUCUGCUGAGAUUCCUGAUAUAAAAAGUGAUCCUAUGUACUAUGCUGCUGUGAGGGAUUUUAUGAUGCACGGCCCUUGCGGUAAUUUAGCAAAAUCUGCACCUUGCAUGGUGGAUGGUAAAUGUACCAAGCGUUUUCCUAAAAAGUGGUGCACAACAACCUCCAUCGACGACGAUGGAUAUCCAAUGUAUAGGAGGAGGAACGAUGACCGCAGGAUAACCAAGAAUAAAAUUGAUUUGGACAAUCGAUUUGUUGUUCCGCAUUGCCGUUAUUUGUUGAUGAAAUAUGGAGCACAUAUGAAUGUUGAGUGGUGUAAUCAAUCAAAGUCCAUCAAAUAUUUAUUCAAGUACAUAAACAAAGGGCGUGACAGGGUCACUGCAGGUUUUUACCAGACAGUUGAUGGUGAUGUCCAACAAAAGCCAGUCGAUGAGAUACAGAUGUAUUAUGAUUGUAGAUACGUUUCUGCGUGUGAGGCUGCGUGGCGCAUAUUUGGAUUUGAAAUUCAGUAUAAGACUCCCCCGGUUGAACGUUUGAGCUUCCAUUUACCGGAAGAGCAAAGUGUUGUUUUUAGCGAUGAUCAACCUCUUGAUUCUGUGGUUAGGUCUUCUUCUGUUAAGGAUAGCAUGUUCACGGCUUGGAUGGACGCCAACAAGAAAUACCCGGAAGCUAGACUUUUGACAUAUGCAGAGUUUCCUCAAAAGUUUGUUUGGAAAAAAGAGACUAGAGAAUGGGCUCCUAGAAAACAAGCAUUCGCCAUUGGCAGAGUCUACUAUGUCCAUCCCGGUAGCGGUGAAUCUUAUUACAUUCGAUGUCUUUUGAAUCACAUUCGUGGUGCGACAAGUCAUGAGGAAUUGAGAACCUUGAAUGGUGUAACUUAUGAUACAUUUCGUGAUGCGUGCUAUGCGUUGGGUUUGUUGGACGAUGAUAGAGAAUUCAUCGAUGCAUUUAACGAGGGAAGUCAUUUCUCAACCGCUUUUUGCUUGAGGAUUCUAUUUGUAAUAUUGUUAUGGACUGAGUCAAUGGGAAGACCGGAGCAUGUUUGGCAAAAAUGUUGGUCGUACAUGGCAGAGGACAUCCAAUAUACGCGAAGGCGGAUUUUACAACAUCCAGAUUUAAUUCUUUCUGACGACCAAUUGAAGAGGUUUGCUUUGGAAGAAGUGGAAAGGUUGUUGCAGAGCCGUGGAAAAAGUUUGCGCGAUUACCCACCGAUGCCAACAGUGGAUCUUGAUUCAAUACUGUCUUCCAAUGACAGACUUAUUUUUGAAGAAUUGCGUUAUGAUCAAACGGCACAGACAGAAGAACAUUCAUCUCUGUUCAAGUCUCUUACGGAUGAGCAACUUCAAGUGUAUGAAACUAUAAUGCAAUCUGUUGAUGGGGAAGUUGGUGGAGUAUAUUUUGUGUAUGGGUAUGGUGGUUCCGGAAAGACAUUUGUUUGGAAGACUCUUUCUUCUGCCAUUAGGUCUAAAGGGGAUAUUGUUCUUAAUGUUGCAUCAAGUGGUAUCGCAUCUCUUCUUUUGCCAGGCGGACGUACGGCACACUCUAGAUUUGCAAUACCAAUAAGUCUAAAUGAAGACUCCACGUGCAAUAUAAAACAGGGAAGUCCCCUUGCCAAACUCAUUGUGCGGUGUAAAUUGAUUAUAUGGGACGAAGCUCCAAUGCUACACAGGUUUUGUUUUGAGGCAUUGGACAGAAGUAUGAGGGACAUAAUGCACUUCCAUAAACCGAAUAGUGGUUCUUUUCCGUAUGGGGGUAAAACGGUGGUUUUUGGCGGUGAUUUUCGUCAGGUGUUGCCGGUUAUACCUCAUGGUAGUAGGCAAGAUGUUGUUAAUGCGACGAUUAAUUCGUCGUAUCUAUGGUCGGAAUGCAUAGUCCUACGCUUGACCAAAAAUAUGCGACUACAGAACAUGACCAAUCCAUCAGAUUCUUAUGAUUUAAAGGUUUUUUCUGAUUGGAUUGCAAGCAUUGGUGACGGUCAGGCUGGUGAAUAUAAUGAUGGCCACGGUUGUAUUACUAUCCCUGAAGAUCUUUUGAUACACACAGAUGGAGAUCCUAUAGCUGCAAUUGUAGAAAGCAUAUUUCCCGAAUAUGUUGAAUCUGGCGGUGAUAUUAGUUGCUUGUGUGACCGUGCAAUUUUGGCACCAACUUUGGCUGUGGUAGAAGCUGUUAAUGACUAUAUGACGGCGCUCAAUGUUAGUGAGGUAUCAAGAACAUAUCUUAGCUCUGACACCGUGUCUAAGGUAGAAUCCACGACCGAUCUUAUGGCGGAGCUGCACACACCUGAAUUCUUAAACAGUAUAAAAUUGUCUGGUGUCCCGAAUCAUGAAUUAACGUUAAAGGUUGGUACCCCAGUGAUGCUUUUGCGCAAUAUCGAUCAUUCAAUGGGGUUGUGUAACGGUACACGUCUUAUUUUGACGAGGCUUGGUGAUCAUGUUUUAGAGGGAAGGAUUUUAACUGGGGUUAGUGCUGGACAAAAAGUUUUAAUUCCCCGGUUGUCCUUAACACCAUCAGAUACAAGCUUACCUUUCAAAUUUCAUAGGAGACAAUAUCCUCUUAUGGUUUCAUAUGCGAUGACUAUAAAUAAAAGUCAGGGUCAAUCUUUGUCACGAGUGGGUUUGUUGUUGAAAAAACCAGUUUUUACCCAUGGGCAGUUGUAUGUUGCAGUAUCAAGGGUGACCAAUCGUUCUGGAUUGAAAAUUCUUAUUGUUGAUGAUCAUGAAGGAACCACUAACAAGACUCAAAAUGUUGUGUUUAAAGAAGUGUUUAACAAUGUUUAGGUAUA